CUGGGCAUGCGCGAGCCCCGCCGCUGGGCCUGCGCGCAUGCGCUGCGGGAGGUGCUGCGCUCACUCCCCCUUCCGGGCUUCCUUCACUUUCUCCCGGCUUCUGGUUGCUGCCGCAGGUGACCCUGUCCCCUACCCUGUGGGCGUGUGGCAGGGUCCUCGCCGUCCUGACAUGGUGUUAGUCCCCUGCUCCGCCGCCAGGAUUGCAACCACAGUGCCUAUGUAUGUGCAGCUCUCACAGUCGUUAACUUUAGAGCCAGACGACCCGGAGAGAAGCCUUCCUGUGGGGGUGCACCCACGUUUUGACGUCCCCAGGUCACCAGUAGUCCGAGCUUGCUGUCAAACAUUACAAGAAAAAAGGCUUUUGUUUCUUUUGUCAUUUAAAGAGACCAUGGAGGAGGUGCAGGGCCCGAGCCUGACCGCGGAGCCCCGGGCGGCCGAGGGGCGCGCCCAGAGCCCCACCCCGCAGGCGCCUCCACAGGACCCGGGGCUGCUGUAUCAGGAGGAAACCAUCGAUCUCGGCGGAGACGAGUUCGGGUCAGAGGAGAACGAGACCGCGUCAGAGGAUUCUAACAAUUUUGUAGACAAGCUCAGUGAGCACAUGAUGGAGAGCGUCCUCAUUUCCGACUCUCCCAACAACAGCGAGGACGAUGCAGGUGACCUGGGCGGUGUGCAGGAUGUCACUGAAGGCAGCACCGAUCACAGACUGGACAGUGCCGUCGAUAAAGGUGCGGCCGACGCUCCGGGGCAGGACAGCGAAAGUGAUGGAGAUGAAGCGUCUAAGGAUGUCUCCCAAGAGACCCCCGAGAGCAGAGCCUCCUUGGAGGAGGACCUGGGGCGAGAAGGGAAAGGCCCGCGCACCUGUGCGGAUGAAGGCGCAGGGGACUCGGGCUCCAGGAGCCAGGGCCCGUCCUCCAGGCAGCCCUCUCCCGGGGAUGAGCCCGUGCCCGUGUGCACCAUCUUCAGCCAGUCACAGCCUGCGGCCGCCCCGUCGCCCCCCUUUCUGCAGGAUGGCUUCCAGUCUCAGGUGGUGAAGUCGCCUAGUUUCAGCAGUGCCGGCCAGCCGGCCACCAAGACCCCUCCCCCGGUGGUCCAGCCAAGCCCCAGCCUAAGCACGUUUUUUGGAGAGACGGCCAACACCAACUCCUUGGCCUCCGAGUUCUUUGACUCGUUCACAACGUCCACAUUCAUUUCUGUCAGUAACCCCAACGCAGGUGCUGCGGUUCCAGAACCGCUGUCCUCACAUGCUUCCCCGGUGGGAGGGGCCCCCCUGGGUCCUGCCGAGCCCUGCCCCGCAGGGAUGGAGAGGUCAGAGCCGGCCGUCUCCGUGGCCUCUCUGGAAAUCCCUCAGUCUCCAAAGCCAUUUUCCCAGAUCCAGGCUGUGUUUGCGGGUAGCGAGGACCCUUUCGCCACCGCCCUGAGCAUGAGCGAGAUGGACCGGAGGAGCGACGCCUGGCUGCCCGGGGAGGGGACCAGAGACAUCCUGAACUCAGUAGCAGCCCAGCAGUACAGCACGGUGUUCAUAGACAAGGAGAACCUCACCAUGCCCGGCCUCAAGUUCGACAACAUCCAGGGAGACGCGGUGAAAGACCUGAUGCUCCGCUUCCUGGGCGAGAAAGCCGCAGCGAAGAGGCAGGUCCUGAGUGCCAGCUCGGUGGAGCAGUCCUUCGUCGGGCUGAAGCAGCUGAUAAGCUGCAGAAACUGGAGGGCAGCGGUGGACCUGUGCGGGCGCCUCCUUACGGCCCACGGCCAAGGCUACGGCAAGAGCGGGCUGCCCACCAGCCACACGGCGGACUCGCUGCAGCUUUGGUUCGUGCGGCUGGCCCUGCUGGUGAAGCUGGGCCUCUUCCAGAACGCGGAGGUGGAGUUCGAGCCCUUCGGGAGCCUGGACCAGCCAGACCUCUACUACGAGUACUACCCGCACGUGUACCCGGGGCGCAGGGGCUCCAUGGUCCCCUUCUCCAUGCGGAUCCUGCACGCAGAGCUGCACCAGUACCUGGGCAGCCCCCAGGAGUCGCUGGACCGGCUGCACCGGGUGAAGGCCGUCUGCAGCAAGGUCCUGGCGCACCUGGAGCAGGGCCUGGCCGAGGACGGCAGCGUGGGCACCCUCACGCCGGAAAACAGGCAGGCCUCCGUGCAGCUGUGGCGGUCCCGCCUGGGCCGGGCGACCUGCUCCAUGGCCAACUGCCUGCUGCUGAUGAAGGACUACGUGCUGGCAGUGGACGCGUACCGCUCGGUCAUCCAGUUCCACCCCGAGCAGGAGCCACAGCUGCUCAGCGGCAUCGGCCGCAUCUUCCUGCAGAUCGGGGACAUAAAAACGGCGGAGAAGUGCUUCCGGGAGGUGGAGAAGGUGGUGCAGAAGCGAGACGGACCUCAGGGGGAGACGGUGGUGCUGAUGAACAGAGCUUUCUUGCACCUCGGUCAGAAUAACUUUGCAGAAGCCCACAGAUUCUUCACAGAAAUUUUGAGGAUUGACCCCACAAAUGCCGUGGCCACCAACAACGCGGCCGUGUGCCUGCUCUACCUGGGCCGACUCAAGGACUCGCUGCGGCGGCUGGAGGCCAUGGUGCAGCGCGACCCCGGGCGCUGCCUGCACGAGAGCGUGCUCUUCAACUUGAGCACCAUGUACGAGCUGGAGUCCUCCCGCAGCUCGCAGAAGAAGCAGGCCCUGCUCGAGGCCGUCGCCGGCAGAGAGGGCGACAGCUUCAACACGCAGUGCCUCAAGCUGGCCUAGGCUGGGCGUGUUUG